UUGCAGCUUAAAACCUGAGUGGGGAUUUGAGGAAGACUACACUGAACACUCAGUUUCACAGGAUCAUCUGGACAGUGUACCAUUUUGUGAUGGCUUCUUCGAAAGGUGACAAUUCUGAAUUCUUUAGCAGAGUCCAUGGAAUUCUAAUGUAUAAAGAUUUUGUCAAAUAUUGGGAUGAUGUGGAGACAUUUCAGGCAAGAUCAGAUGACAUUGUCAUUAUCACCUAUCCCAAAUCUGGCACAACCUGGCUGAGUGAAAUUGUAGACGUGAUCUUUAAAGAUGGUGAUGUGGAAAAGUGCAAAAGAGAUGCCAUUUUUAAUCGAAUACCUUUCUUAGAAUGCAGAAAAGAAGAGAUGAUGAAUGGGGUAAAACAAUUAAAAGAGAUGGCAUCUCCUAGAAUCUUGAAGACUCAUUUGCCAGCGCAGCUUCUUCCGGCCUCAUUUUGGGAAAAGAACUGUAAGAUGAUCUAUCUUUGCCGGAAUGCCAAGGACGUGGCUGUUUCCUUUUAUUAUUUCUUUCAAAUGGUAGCUGGUCAUCCAAAUCCUGGAACUUUUCCAGAAUUUGUGGAGAAAUUCAUGGAUGGAGAAGUUCCUUAUGGUUCCUGGUAUGAACAUGCAAAAUCUUGGUGGGAACUGAGAAAGAAUCCACGUUUGCUAUUUCUUUUCUAUGAAGACAUGAAGGAGGAUAUCAGAAGAGAGGUGAUAAAAGUGAUACAAUUUCUGGGAAGGGAGCCAUCAAAGGAGCUUGUGGACAAGAUUGUUCAACACACUUCAUUCCAAGAGAUGAAAAACAACCCAUCUACCAAUUACACAAUACUGCCAGAUGAAAUCAUGAACCAAAAAAUAUCUCCCUUCAUGAGAAAGGGGAUUAUAGGAGACUGGAAGAAUCACUUUACAGAGGCCCUGAAUAAGAAAUUUGAUAUGCACUAUGAGCAGCAAAUGAAGGGGUCUACACUGAAAUUACGAACUGAGAUCUAAGAAAGGCUUUUCUAAUGUAUCAGCUUUCCUUAUUUUAGAUUGCUAGAGAAGGAGUCAUGUGAAAGGUUAUAUGAUCAGGUUCACAUGGUUAUUGAGAUCUCAAUAUAUAGACACAGAAUGAUUUUUGCCUGAUAUUAUCUUUAUAUUUUGUUUUUUAUUCUUUUUCUCCUCCUCCUUUUUCUUCUUUUUACAAAUAUUACACAAAGCUAUAAUCUAUGGCAGUGAUGUAGAAACACACAGAUAGUUGAACUUAGAAGUACAUUAAAAAUAAACAAGCAUUCCAAAUUAUUUUCAUGCUGUCCCCGCUAUUCCCUCUCCCCCUACACACACUUAGUAGUAUAUUUCGUAUUUACAUGAACUUUGAAAAUCAUGGAAGAUAUAACUAAAAUCAACAAAUAAAAUUGGGGGCAUAAUUAUACCUACUAUGUAGUUCCUGAUUUUUUUCGCUUUCUGCAAAAUACUUAAUUUGGAAUUUACUUUAAUCUAAUAUAAAUUUUGGCUAUAACAGAAUUAUUCAGAUGUCUAUCAAUACUCCCAAUGAGUGUUAUUUAUACUUGAAAGUCAUAUAUAAAAUGUAAUGAAUUUGCAUUCUGUAAGCUAAAGUUUUACAAAAUGUGAUAUUUGCC